AUGGGACACAGAGCACCAAGAUACACAGAGGACCAAGGGACACAGAGCACCAAGGGACACAGAACACCAAUGGACACAGAACAUCACGGGACACGGAGCACCAAGGGACACAGAGCACCAAGGGACACAGAGCACCAAUGGACACAGAACACCAAGGGAGACAGAGCCCCAAGGGACACAGAGCAACAAGGGACACAGAGCACCAAGAGACACAGAGCACCAAGGGACACAGAGACCCAAGGGACACAGAGCACCAAGAGACACAGAGCACCAAGGGACACAGAGCACCAAGAGACACAGAGCACCAAGGGACACAGAACACCAAGGGAGACAGAGCCCCAAGGGACACAGAGAACCAAGGGACACAGAGCACCAAGAGACACAGAACACCAAGGGACACAGAGAACCAAGGGACACAGAGCACCAAGAGACACAGAGCACCAAGAGACACAGAGCAUCAAGGGACACAGAACACCAAGGGACACAGAACACCGAGGGACACAGAGCCCCAAGGGACACAGAGCACCAAGGGACACAGAGCACCAAGAGACACAGAGCACCAAGGGGACACAGAGCACCAAGGGACACAGAGCACCAAAUGACACAGAGCCCCAUGGGACACAGAGCAUCAAGAUACACAGAGGACCAAGGGACACAGAGCACCAAGGGACACAGAGCACCAAGGGACACAGAGCACCAAGGGACACAGAACACCAAGGGACACAGAGCACCAAGGGACACAGAGCACCAAGGGACACAGAGCACCAAGGGACACAGAGCACCAAGGGACACAGAGCACCAAGGGACACAGAGCACCAAGGGACACAGAGCACCAAGGGACACAGAGCACCAAGGGACACAGAACACCAGUAA